AUGUCCAAGUCCGGCGAGGGAUCCUCAAUAUUCGGAAAAAUGACCACCCGACCAGCGGGAAAGCGUCAAAUCAAGCCAACCGCUAUCCUCUACGCAACUCUUCACGAAAAUCACAGUUCCGACGAAGAAGACGAGGAUUUCGAGAUGAAACCAUCGGAAAUCGGUGGAAAAUCGAAUACCGACGAUUCCGACGAGGAGGGCUCAUCAGAAGACGAAAAUUCUGAUGAACAGGAAUCAGAAGACGAGGAAAAUGAGGACGAGGAGCAAGAAGAAGCUCAGCGGACACCGUCUGUCGAAAAAGAUUCAGUCGUCGUGUGCGGUGUGUGUGUCAAUCAGCGGAAUGUGGUCGUCGCUGGGGAUUUUAUGCAGUGUGAUAAAUGCGGAAUCCACGUUCACGAGUCAUGCUACGGUGGUCUCCCCGUUGCCGACCCGGAAGAGACCCGUUGGUUCUGUGAACCGUGUCAAUACGGUCUCAUCGAACCGCCUCACUGCGAGUUCUGUCCCUCCCGAUUCGGCGCUUUCAAGCGUGCCGAUAUCCCGGGUCGAUGGGCUCACGCGGUGUGCUCUCUCUAUACUCACGGAGUGACGUGGAGUCAGGAGCACACGACGACAGGCGUUUCAUGGGAGAAUCUAGAAAAUUCUGUGUUCGGAAGACGUGUCUGUACCGCGUGUUCUGAUAAGAUUGAGGCGAGAUUCGGGGUGGCGUCGAGGUGUGAAUCAGGAAUGUGUAAAGAGUAUAUGCAUGUGACUUGUGCUCAGAAGCUGGGGCUCUUGGUAGAUGAGACGGAUGAGUCAGAUGACGUCAUCGUCGCUGUCCCUCGCUACUUUUUCUGUAAGAAACACACGAAUCAAGAGAAUUUGAAGACGUUCCAACGGAGAUUUGAGCAGUGGGAGAAGGCGGAGGGUCGACGGAUUACGGUGCACCGCCGAAAGAAGGCGUUGAGUGGGGCGGAAGACGCGUUGAGGAUUCAGAUGAGGGAGACGUUGGAGGAGACGAUUCGCGAGGAGGAUAGGGGGAAAAUGAAUGGAAGUGUGGCGGGAGGGGAGAAGAUUAAGCAGGCUCGCCUUCUCAACUCGUCAACCGAGUUCUUCGAUCGUUUCGAGACGAAAGCCGAGGAUUCGGGACUGUCGAAAAAAGAGUUCCGUGAUCCGUUCUACGAUAUUAAACUCACGAAUGCAUCACAUGUUCCCAUCGGAUUCUCCAAAGAGUAUAUCGAUUUCAUGCAAAUCCGUGACUCUCAAAUCAUCCCAGAAGAGGAGGAAAAAUUGCGAAAAGCCCGCGAACUUUUGGCUGAAACGAAAACAAGACAAGAGAAGAAAUCGGCGUCGAAGCAACUAUCCGAUCGAUUUCAUUCGAAUGAAGAACUCAUUGAAAAGAAAUUGGAAUCCCUUGAGAAAUUGCAUUCACUGCUCGCGGAGCUCGGCGGUGACGGCGGUGUUUUGUCGCAAUUUUUGUCGCGGAACAGUGUGGAUUGCACCAGGAAUUCGAGGAAUUCUCCAGUGGUGUCCAAAAAAGAGAAAGAGCAUUAUACAUGUGUCGUCUGCAAGAAAGCGACGGAACAACACAAACAGACACAAUGUGAUCAGUGUCAUAAGAGUUAUCAUAUCGGAUGUCUGUCCCCACCGUUGACACGUCUUCCGAAACGAAAUAAUUUCGGAUGGAUCUGUCAUGAAUGUAAUGAGUCGAGUGAUGAUGAGCCGGAGAUUCCCAUGGAGACGGAGGAUGCGCCGAGAGCUUCGAGAAGUCGACGACCGCCAGCGAGACUUUCCGCCUUUUUGAGCCAAUAA